AUGCUCAAAAAUGCUCUUCUCUUUAGGCGAAUAGCUGGUAAUUGGCAGCAUUCCAGAACUGUCGGCCGGCGUUUUCUGAGUAGUUCCAAUGGUGCAGGUGCCAACGUUCUGCAGACCCUCAGAGACCGUGGCCUGGUAUCGCAGGUUUCGCAACCUGAGUCGGUACUGGAAAAUAAACUGGUAAGUGGAGAAAAAGUCGGACUUUACUGUGGAGCGGACCCGACUGCAAAGUCGCUGCAUCUUGGGAAUCUGUUACCACUGAUGGUGUUGCUGCAUUUCUAUAUAGCCGGUCAUGAUGUUUACACUUUAGUUGGCGGUGCCACCGGGCAGGUUGGUGAUCCUAGCGGCCGGAAGACAGAGAGAGCGGGCAUGGCAGACUGGCAAAGACUGGAAAAUGUCUCCAAGAUUCAGGGCCAGCUACGCGGAUUCUUUGAGUCCGGGCUCGCAUAUUACAAGCACAAGACGGCAUCCGUGGAGCAUCAGUAUGGCCGGGCUACCCAUACCAACAAUUACGAUUGGUGGCACGACAUGAGGAUGCUGGAUUUCCUGGCUCUUUACGGCAGGCACAUUCGUGUGCAGUCAAUGCUGAACCGAGAUUCUGUAUCAUCUCGGCUUGGAAGCAAAGAGGGCAUUGGAUUCAACGAAUUCACCUACCAGAUCUUACAGGCCUUCGAUUACUACCACUUGAAUAAAACACAUGGGGUAACCGUGCAGGUUGGUGGCAACGACCAAUGGGGCAAUAUCACUGCGGGAAUCGACCUAAUUAAUCGAGUAGGCUGCACGGCACAGAAUCAACCAUUUGGACUCACUGUUCCUUUACUUACGACGUCGUCUGGCGAGAAAUUUGGUAAAUCUGCCGGGAACGCGGUCUUCAUCGAUCCUCAUUUGACCAAGCCGUACGAGCUGUAUCAAUACUUUAUUCAAGUUUCUGACGACGACGUGGAAAAGCUACUUAAAACUUUUACAUUACUUCCACUAGAGCAUAUCAAAGAGACAAUUGACGCCCAUGCAUCCAUGGCCCAUGAACGUGGCGCUCAGAGGCUAUUGGCGCGUGAGGUGGUAGAUCUGAUACACGGUAUGGGAAGCAGCAAUGACGCAGAAAUUGUUUCCGAAGUAUUGUUCGGUGCCCACGAUUUGGGGUCUUCGGCCACUGAGUUAAUAAGACUAUUUCAAGAUGCCAACAUUUUGUACACUUGUUCCCGAAACCUUUCCCUGGAACAAAUCAUCACCCAGGUAGCAAAAUGCUCCAAAUCAGAAGCUCGCCGGAAGCUCAAACAAGGAAGCAUCUAUGUCGGCCCCCGCAGAACGAAAGUUGCCGAAAAUAAAGACGACGUAGCCCAAUAUCUCAUCGAUGGCCAAGUGUUGAUUUUGCGCGUUGGCAAGCAAAAAUGCUAUGUGAUAGAGGUCAAAUAA